CACCCGAGGGGCCCCUCUCGCCCGCCCCCAGCACCCCGGGGUGCUCCGGGCCUUAGAUAAGCCAGCAGGCUGGCACGGCGCCGCGCACGGGGCGGAGAGGUCACGGGCUUGCCAGGGGAGGGGCCGAUGGGUCGGGGCUGCGCCCCCCGCCCGUCUGGCACCCCCAAAUCCCUAAUCGCAGCGCGAUCUGCUCUCGCGGCGCAGCCCCGCGGGACGUGGCAAGAGCCGACCUGCAGAGCCUGUUCUGGCCGCGGCGGCCGGGGGGGCGGGCUGGGCGUGGGGGUGCCGGCGCUGCGGCACCUUUAAGACGAGGGAGGACCCCUCUUGCCCUCGGACAAACCAGGAAGGGAGUCGCGAGCAUCAUACGGGGCUUUGCGUACUGUACGGCUACUGUAGGGGCAGUGACGACGACGCCCGCCCGAGCGAGGUCCGCGCCGCGGGCAGCCCCGAUCGCGCGUCCUCCGGGUCCGGGUCCCCGCGAGGUAAGCCGCCCGGGCUGAAGGGGACCCCUCUCCGGGAGAGGUGUUGGCGCGGAAGAUGGCCGGCGGCGUGGACGGCCCCAUCGGGAUCCCGUUCCCAGACCACAGCAGCGACAUCCUGAGCGGCCUGAAUGAGCAGCGGACGCAGGGCCUGCUGUGCGACGUGGUGAUCCUGGUGGAGGGCCGCGAGUUCCCCACGCACCGCUCGGUGCUGGCCGCCUGCAGCCAGUACUUCAAGAAGCUCUUCACGUCGGGCGCCGCCGUGGACCAGCAGAACGUGUACGAGAUCGACUUCGUGAGCGCCGAGGCGCUGACGGCGCUCAUGGACUUCGCCUACACCGCCACGCUCACGGUCAGCACGGCCAACGUGGGCGACAUCCUGAGCGCCGCGCGCCUGCUGGAGAUCCCGGCCGUGAGCCACGUGUGCGCCGACCUGCUGGAGCGCCAGAUCCUGGCGGCCGACGAGCCCGGCGACGCGGGCCAGCCCGACGGCGCGGGCCCCACGGACCAGCGCAACCUGCUGCGCGCCAAGGAGUACCUCGAGUUCUUCCGCAGCAACCCCAUCAACAGCCUGCCCCCCGCCGCCUUCCCCUGGGCCGGCUUCGGCGGCCCCGACGACGAGCUGGACGCCACCAAGGAGGCCGUGGCCGCCGCCGUGGCCGCCGUGGCCGCCGGGGAGUGCAACGGCCUGGACUUCUACGGCCCGGGGCCGCCGGCCGAGCGGCCCGGCGCGGGCGACGGGGAUGAGGGCGACAGCACGCCGGGGCUGUGGCCCGAGCGCGACGAGGAGGCCGCGGCCGGCCUCUUCCCGGCCCCCGCCGCCCCGCCCGCCGCCACGCAGAACGGCCACUACGGGCGCGCGGGGCACGGGGACGAGGAGGCGGCGGCGCUGUCGGAGGCGGCGCCCGAGCCCGGCGACUCCCCGGGCUUCCUGUCGGGCGCGGCCGAGGGCGAGGACGGGGACGCGGGCGACGCGGACGGGCUGGCGGCCAGCACGCUGCUGCAGCAGAUGAUGUCGUCGGUGGGCCGCGCGGGGGACAGCGACGAGGAGUCCCGCGCCGACGACAAGGGCGUCAUGGACUACUACCUGAAGUACUUCAGCGGCGCCCACGAGGGCGACGUCUACCCGGCCUGGUCGCAGAAGGGCGAGAAGAAGAUCCGCGCCAAGGCCUUCCAGAAGUGCCCCAUCUGCGAGAAGGUGAUCCAGGGCGCGGGCAAGCUGCCCCGCCACAUCCGCACGCACACGGGCGAGAAGCCCUACGAGUGCAACAUCUGCAAGGUCCGCUUCACCAGGCAGGACAAGCUGAAGGUGCACAUGCGCAAGCACACGGGCGAGAAGCCCUACCUCUGCCAGCAGUGCGGCGCCGCCUUCGCCCACAACUACGACCUGAAGAACCACAUGCGGGUGCACACGGGGCUGCGGCCCUACCAGUGCGACAGCUGCUGCAAGACGUUUGUGCGCUCCGACCACCUGCACAGGCACCUCAAGAAGGACGGCUGCAACGGGGUCCCCUCGCGCCGCGGCCGCAAGCCCCGCGUGCGGGGCCUGCCCCCCGACGGCCCGGCCGGCGCCCCCGCGCCCCCCGCGCCCCCCGACGGCCCGCGCAACGGCCAGGAGAAGCACUUUAAGGACGAGGAGGAGGACGAGGACGGGGCCAGCCCCGACAGCUCGGGCCGCCUGAAUGUAGCGGGCAGCGGCGGCGACGAGGGCGCGGGCGGCCCCGCGGCCCCCGCCGAGGGUAACUUCGCCACCUGACUCGCACUAAAAAACCAACCAAACCAACCAAAAACAAAACAAACAGACAAACAGACAGAACCUAAAAGCGAGACAGAGAGCAACCACCCCCCGCCCCAGCACCUCAGCAAGCAGUUCUCUGCCCCGAGCCUCCAUCCAUGCGCGGACGAGUGUGCGUGUAAAUCCCCGGCCGCGGCGCCUGCCUUUCUCAGAUCCUUAGGACACGGUCCCCCCCCUCGCCCCCGCGCCCCUCGCCCCGUCCGCCGCAGGGUUCCGCCCCGGGGGCCCUGCCUGCUCCAGGCUAAGGCGAGGGUGGCGGGGACCCCAGGACAGGCGCCCGGCUCCUUGUUGGUUGGUUUCAGGGGUCUCAGACAGACCUUAAAUGCUCUGUCCACUGUGAGUGGACGUUAAAAUGGUCCCCGGCUCCCCACCCUCCUUCCUCAGGGCACUUACUAAAGAGGGGGGAGUCCCCCGGCCUCCCGCCCCGCCUGUGGCCUCUCGCACCUCCGCACACCCACCCUGGCCACCACUGACAUACAAAUUAUUUAUUCCCCAGUCUGGGUGGCCGGAGCGGGGAUUGGGGGGGACGCUGGGGUCCCCACCACCCUCCUUCAUGGCACUUACACCUGGCGGGGUCCUCGGCCCCUGCUCAGGGUGACCCCCCCACCCUUCCCAUCUCUGCUUGCCCAGACCCCACCCCAUGUUCAGAGAUUGAAAAUUCGUCUUCACCCACGCCCCACUUUUUAAAGCACUUUUUAGAUCUUUCCCCUUUUCCUCCUUAAAGACAGUUUAUAUAGAGAUAUAUAGAGAGAGAUAUAUAUAAAAUAUUCUUCCUCAGAGGAGCAGGCAGCAGUUUGGGGGGGAUGUAGCCAAGAUCAGAGGGAACCCCAGGACUCAGGCAGGGACAGAGAGGGAGUGAGAGAGGCCACAGCUUAACGUCACAAAACAGCAAUAAAACCCCAAGAAUUUAGUAAACACAAAGGCAGAACCUAAAGCAAAACCUUAAGAAAUAUCAGCAAAAGCGGCGACAGCCCCGGGGGAUCUUGGCACUUUGUAACUGAACGGGUACUUUUCAUUCUUAACUUAAGAAAUGUUUACAAGUUGCACCCAGCUUCUAUGAAAAAUUGGAGAGAGAGCGAGAGAGGAGCGCGAGAGCAGUGGGAAGUAACUAAGUCAAUUUAUUUUUGUAUAAAAUAAAAGAAACCCAACCCAUUGCUCCGGUAGAAUCCACUUGCGUCCCCGAGGCUGAGGGCCGGGUGUCCAGGGAUCCACGGGAAGCGACCUGGGGUCCGCUUUUUGCGGCCUGCUGCAGGCCUCCCUCCCUCCCCGUGUUUGCCAGCCCCGCCCCCGUGCUAUUUUCUUUCCUCUUCUGUGUCUGUUUGGAGACCACAGGCCUGGGAGCCACAGGCCGCCUGUCCUGUCCUUCCCAGCUCAGGGAUGUCCCCGAGAGAGGGCUGGCCACCGGCCAGCCAGACCCUGUCCCCCGCCCGGUCCCCCUCUCCCCACUUGAUGGUCCCCCCAGGCACCCCUUCUUUUUACUCAAAGGCACUGACUGUAACCCAGGGCCCAGCACCUGACACCCCCACCCACCCACGCCCCAAACUCCGGCUUCCCCCCAAAAAGGCCCGGUCUUCACCGGGCCACAGGCCACGGACGGGGGCCGGGGGCCGGGGUUGGGGGACGUGGCGGCUGGAUGCCAGGGCGCCUGCAACUCCCACCCCUGUGGCCAAGGUGGAGCCGAGCGCGGGACCCCGUUGAUGCGCACCCUGCCCCCCGGGCCCUCGCGGUGGGUCCCGCUGGGUGGCCCGACGCUGACUGUCUUUCUUUGGUGUAAAGGGAUGCUCGUUCAGAAGGCUGCUUCCCAGUCCCUAGCGCAGGGGCCUCCCUCCCCUCACCGCCCCCCCCCCCCCGCCCCACGACUUCCCUCGGAUGUCUCAGGGUCCCCUCUUGGGGCCGCAGAGUGGGUAGGCCCGGGGUGGGGUGGUGCUGGCACCCCCUCGCACCCCACUCCCGCAGUGAGCCGCCCCGGAAGCCGAGCUGCGCCCUCCCGCCCCGUUCCCAGAGAGGUCAGCCCCCCUCCACCCUCGCAAUAAAACUAACUUCAAUCGCAGUCGUCCUGGCCACCGGCCGUAGACUCGGGGUGGGUGGAGCCCUUGGGGACUGUGGUGGGGGGCCCCCCCGAACCCGCCAGUGACAGCGCAAACCCUCGGGAAUUGCACUAAACCCUUGCCCCCGGCUCCUUGCUCCGCUUCUGCCCGCCCACUCACCUUGCCUUAACCGCCAGCCCAUCCCGGGGGCCGCAGCCACCGCAUGGGCCCAGCGCCGGGACGGCCCCCGCCCCCAGGCCCACCCCGCCCCCGUGUACUGCAAUCACAUACUGUAUAUAGAAUGUGGAUCGAUUUUUACAAAUUUUUAUUCUUUAAAUUAAGGCCGUGAUAAAAGUUGCCAAAGAGAAUUGUGGAAUUCAGUAGAGGUUCGAGCGGAGGGCUCUGCAGGAAGGUUUCCUUUGGUUGUUCGGGGUUUAUUUUUGUGUGUGUUUUUGUUUUCUUUUUUCCUUUUUUUUUUUUUUUAACUGCCUGGUACCAACAACAAAAAGAAAAAAAAACAACAAAAAAAAAAAAAAAAGAAAA